UACGAAUUUUCACUAUUUCGCUAUUUUUUUGGUCCAGCGAAAUUAAAUGAGCGUAUAAAAAUCAGCAAACCCUCAACACUGCACGCCAGUUUGCAACUUCGAGUAGCACGCAACAGAUCCACACUGCAACAAAACUAAUUUAAGCUCAUGAUGCGUGGAUUUCUGUUACUUUUGUUGGUGGCUGCUGCAAGCGCAGCAAAGUUGGGUUAUAAUUAUCAGACGGCUGGCGUCGACCGUCGUUUUGCUGGACUAAUUGAUAAUGAGGCAACGGGAUUCAGCAGAGAGGGACAUCAACAGAAGCAACUGCAGCAGCAGCAACAACAGCAGCAACAACAGCAACAGCAGCAGCAACAGCUGAUUGGCGAUGAGUUCAACAAAGAAUUCUUUACGUAUAGCGCACCCGAAGAGGAGUUCGCCGAUCGCGAGGCCACUCAGAACAUUGCCCAGAUGCUGAAGCGUAAUCUUCGCGUGCUCUUCAUCAAGUCACCCGAACAACAAGGUCUCACAAAUGCCGCACUCCAGCUGGCCAAGCAGUCGAGUGAGCAACGCACCGCCAUCUAUGUGCUCACCAAGCAGGCGGAUGUCGGUGAGCUGGCUCAGAGGCUGCAGACCGAGAACCAGAGUAACACACACAAGCCCGAGGUGCACUUUGUCAAGUACCGCACUCCCGAGGAUGCUGUGCGUGCCCAGCAGCUUAUCCAGAAGCAGUUCGAUGCUCUGGGCGGCAGUUCACGCAGUUCGGACGAGGGCGUGGCACCAGUGCUGGACUUUAGCUCAGCGCCAGUCGCAGCAGAGGUGGGCCAAGCCCAGUCUCAGACUCCAUCUAAGGUUCUCUCUGGUCCCAAAUACUUGCCUGCAGCGUAGGCACAUUUACUCUAAUUGUAGAGAACAUAGCAUAAAAAGAUAGCCUCAUAGUUCGUAUU